AGCGCCAAAGCUUUACACUUCUGACGUCUGUGCAUGUGUGCGACACUGUUUUGGUUCCCCUGCUUUUGGUGCCGGUGAAAAUCAGUCCUCCAGACUGUCAACAUGUCAGGCUGUAAGAAGCCGCGAGCUGUAGCAAACCCUCUGGAAUCGACCAUUACAUCUCCGAGUGAAAGAAUACUGAAAGAAUGCCACACUUUAUAUAUCGACAUCGACAACGGAUUGGUGAAAAUUGCAGAGAGUUUGGGAGUGAGGCUGUUACCGCCACGGAAAAAGAUUAUAGUUAUGAUUAUGGGAAACCAUUCUGCUGGAAAAAGCUCUUUUAUUAACUGGUAUGUGGAGGAGCACAUACAGAAGACAGGUGUUGCCAUUGAGACACAAGGCUUCACAUUUAUAACUAGUGGAAGAAAACGAGAGUCACUAACAGGAAAUGCAACGUUACACCUCUACCCGCAUUUCAGACCUCUGCUGGAGUUCAAAGGUGUCACGGAUUACCUGAGUGCUGAGAUUUCCACCUCCAAACAGAAGAAGUUCAGCCUGGUGACGUUUGUGGACACUCCAGGGUUGGUGGAUGGAGAUAUGGUGUACCCUUUUGAUGUCAACAGUGCCAUCACCUCUUUUGGUGAGCAGGCGGACCUCAUCUUUGUGUUUUUUGACCCGAUGGGACAGGCACUGUGCAAGCGUACACUGAACAUUGUUGAGAAGCUGAGUGAGAAGUGUGGAGACAAACUGCGCUUUUACCUGAGCAAAGCUGACGAGGUUGGACGAGAAACGGACAGACAGCGAGUGAUGAUGCAGAUUGUUCAAGAGCUGUGCAGGAGACCUGGUCUCAACAAAUGUGGCUUCGAAAUGCCCACGAUAUACAUCCCCAACCCUCAAAAACCCAGCAGAUGCAUCAACCAGAUUGAUGAGGUUUGUGAGACCAUUGAGAAGAGCAUAAACCAGGCAGUGCAAAAAACACUUGACCAGCUGGAGAAAGACUGUAACCUGAUCAUCUCUACCAUCAACCAUACACUGGAACAGGACCGGAUGAAUGUGAGCAGUAAUAAAAGCAACCGUUUUAAUUCUUUCCUGUGUGGAGUUGUGGGAAUCUUUCUUCCGUCGCUCUUCAUCCUCAGCUUCAUCAUCAGCACUUUCGCUCCAGAGGAACUGGACACUCUUGUUGGAGAGGGAUUGGCUAAAACGCUCAACCUUUCCACAGUAUGUUCUCAUUUUCAUGUUUUCUGGAGAUUAAGAUCCAAUCAAAGGUAA